AUGGCGCCCAACCUGCCGGACCCGCGGCCCUCCAAGGCCCACCCGGACCACCGCGAGCACCGCAAGAAGCUCGAGAAGGAGCACCCCUUCACCUGGAUGCCGGGUGUCGUGCUCGGCCUCAUGGGCGUCACCCUGCUCAUGAACGUCGAGAAGGACGUCGAGAGGCGCGAGCAGCGCCACCGCCGCGAGAACGACGAGGACCGCGACCGUGACCGCGACCGUGACCGUCGCAGGGCCCGCGACCGCGACCGAGACCGAGACCGAGACGACGACGGGCGGCGCGGCAGGCGGGACCGCAGCUACGAGCGCCGCCGCCCGCACUCACAGCACUACCGGGACGGCGGCGGCGACGGCGACGAUGACGACCGCCGCCGGCGCCCCCGGAGGGGCAGCUGGGGUCCCGAGGUCCGGAGGGGAGCCGGCAGGCGGGACGGAUCGGUGCCGGUGCCGGACACGUACCCGUCGCCCUCGCCCAGGGACGUGUACUACAGGGACAGGAGCCGGGGUCCGGCUGCGGCGUCGCCGGCGGGCCCGUCGCAUCCGCCGCCGCCGCCGGCGCGGAGGAUGGACAGGCGGAGGAGCUUUGAGCGGCAGCGCGGCGGCGGCGGCGGCGGCGACAACCCACCUCGGCGGUCGGACACGGGUCUGUACGCGCAGAGGGGAUUCCGGGCCGAGUUUGAUGGCGACGACCGGAGGGACUUUGACGGCGGCGAUGGGCGGAGGAUCUAUCGGUACUGA